GAGAUCCUUUAAACGGAAUAGGAAGUAGGCUUUACCCUUUCAGUGAGCGGAGCCAAGUGGGAGGACGAUGUGGCUGUACGUUGGGCUGUUGUUGGUUGUGUAUUUCAUCUUCCAUAAAGUUUUCCGCCGCUCCUCCCCGAGUGUAAACCCUUUCUCCGGAGACACGAGGAGACCACCGCAGCCUCUGGUCACUGAUCCAGAAGCGAGGAAGCGACUUCUCCACAAAGGCUUUACUGCAGAUAAAGUGCCAGAAAACCUUGAUGCCAUUGUGAUUGGCAGUGGAAUUGGAGGGCUCUCAGUAGCAGCAAUAUUGGCCAAAGCUGGCAAGCGUGUCCUGGUGCUGGAACAGCAUGACCAGGCUGGAGGAUGUUGUCACACCUUUAUUAAGAAAGGUUUUGAGUUUGACGUUGGAAUUCAUUACAUAGGGGAACUGUAUGAACGAUCCUUCCUGCGGACAUUAGUAGACCAGAUUACAGAUGGUCAGCUGCAAUGGACGAAAAUGGAUGACGUUUUCGACAAUGUAAUCCUGGGAGACCAGCAGACCCAGCGAAUAUAUCAAGUCUGUGGUGGGAAUCAAAAUUAUCGAAAUUGUUUGAAGACCCAGUUUCCUCAGGAAACAGAAGCUAUUGAUAAAUUCCUGAAACUUGUAAAGAUGAUUUCAAAAAAGAUAUCGUUGUUGGUAAUCAUUAAAAUGGUCCCUCUUCUACUGGCAAGGUUCCUAAUAAGGAGUGGCAUCAUCCACUGGAUCUCAUCAAUUUUCAAGCUGGCAUCCACCCCACUUUCAGACGUGGUUAAUGAGCUGACAGAAAAUAAAGAUCUUCGAGCAGUCAUGUGCUAUAUCUGUGGGGAUUACGGCGUCAUGCCUAAAGAGGCCAGCUUUGUGAUGCAUGCCACAAUUAUCCAGCACUACCAGAAUGGUGCCUGGUACCCAAAAGGUGGCGCCAGUGAGAUUGCCUUUCACAUAAUUCCAGUUAUUAAGAAAAGUGGGGGAGAUGUUCUUAUGCGGGCACCUGUCCAAUGUAUAUUAAUAAAUAAAGAUGGUCAGGCAUGUGGUGUGACAGUGAAGAAGGGAAAAGAAGAAAUAAACCUGUUUGCUCCUGUUGUGAUUUCUGAUGCUGGAAUAUUUAAUACCUACGAACGAUUGUUACCUCAUGAACUGCGAAGUAAACCAGCAAUCCAGGCUCAGCUGAGUAUGAUACGGCAUGGAAUAGGAGGAUUCAGUGUCUUUAUCGGGCUGGAUGGUUCAAAGGAGGAGUUGGGGUUGAAAGCAGGAAAUUACUGGUUUUAUCGAGAGAACAAUUUUGACGAGCUUUUCAGUAAAUACUCCGCACUCAGCAAAGAAGAUGUCGCUGAAGGGUGUCCCUUCAUGUUUGUCUCCUUCCCGUCUGCUAAGGAUCCAGCUUGGGAUGAGCGUUUUGCAGGGAAGUCUAAUAUGGUAAUUGUGACGUUGGCACAAUAUGAGUGGUUUGAAGAAUGGAAGGAUGAACGUGUGAAAAAGAGAGGAGAAGAAUAUGAAAAUUUUAAAAUGGAUAUUGCCAGAAGAUUAUUGGACCGAGUUACCGAGUAUUUCCCACAACUUAAAGACAGGAUCGAGUAUAUUAGGGUUGGGUCUCCACUUUCACAUGAGUUCUACAUAGCUUCUUCUCGUGGAGAAAUUUACGGUGCCAAUCAUGAUGUAUCGCGUUUUGCACCAGAAGCUAUUGCCUCCUUAAGAGCAAAAACGCCAGUCAAGAGCCUUUACCUGACAGGUCAGGAUAUAUUUUCCUGUGGUUUUACAGGAGCCAUCCACGGAGGCGUCAUUUGUGCAUCAAGAGUUCUUCAUCGCAAUUUGUACAAUGAUAUCAAGAACCUUAAGAAGAAAAUGAAAAAAGCAAAUGAAAAGAAGGAAUCAUAACAAAGAUGUUGAAAUUCUA